CCUCCACAGAAUCAUGCUAUGUUUUGACUUAUCUUUAUAACUUUUUUGAACUCUAGCCUUCUGAGAUCCAAGCUAGCUUAUAUAUUAUGUACAUUAAAGGACCUGCAGCUGAAUACCCAAAUUAAAUUAUAUGUUGAGAAUUGAAUGCGUUGUUUAUCGACUUCACUUUCUAAUUCAUCCAAUGCCUUCAUUGACCCUAGCUCAUGUAGGACUCCUGUGAUGUAUUAUAUGAUUCUGUCCUACAUAUCUCGGCCAUUCCGAUAAAUAUUUCUUUUAAAGGAAAAAAUGGUUAUUGGCUGUUGCACACUAAACAAUAUUUCGGAAGAUGCCAAAACGCGAAGCGAUGCAAAUAAACAGAUUGAAAAGUUAAUUGAAAAGGAGAAAAAGAACUUCAAGUCUACACACAGAUUACUCCUUUUGGGUGCAGGAGAGUCUGGGAAAUCAACCAUUGUUAAACAGAUGAGGAUAUUGCACAUAGACGGCUUUUCAGAACGAGAAAAGAAGGAAAAGAUUGAUGCAAUCAGAAAAAACCUUCGUGACGCUAUCUGUUCAAUAGCCGGUGCUAUGAGUUCCUUGAAACCGCCUGUGGAGCUUGAACUCAGUGAAAACAUAAAAUUGAGGAAUUAUAUCCUGGAAACUGCAUCCAAACCAGAUUUCGACUAUCCACCGGAGUUUUUUACAUAUUGCGCCAAAUUAUGGAAAGAUGGAGGUAUACUAGAAACCUUUGAGAGAUCAAAUGAAUAUCAACUAAUCGACUGUGCAAAAUAUUUCCUUGAUAAGGCUUUGGAGGUCGGCGCUCCAAACUACAUCCCAUCUGAACAGGAUAUUUUGCGCUGUCGUGUUCUAACUUCAGGAAUAUUUGAAACAAAGUUCAGCGUCGAUAAAGUUAAUUUCCAUAUGUUUGACGUCGGUGGGCAGAGGGAAGAGCGUCGGAAGUGGAUCCAGUGCUUUAACGACGUCACUGCAAUCAUAUUCGUUGCUGCUUGUUCUUCGUACAAUAUGGUAUUACGGGAAGAUCCUAGUCAAAACCGUGUAAAGGAGUCUCUAGAACUUCUUGCUUCCAUAUGGAAUAACAGAUGGUUACGGAACAUAUCUGUGAUUCUCUUCCUUAACAAGCAGGAUUUACUUACAGAGAAAGUCUUAGCUGGCAAGUCCAAGAUAGAAGUCUAUUUCCCGCAUUAUGCUACAUACCAAGCUCCAGCUGAUACACUUGCAGAAUAUCGUCAUGAAAAUUCAGAAGUUGUACGUGCCCGAUUUUUCUUCCGUGAUGAAUUUCUUAAAGUAACGUCAAAUAACAAUGGUGGACGUCAUUAUUGCUAUCCUCACUUAACUUGUGCAGUUGAUACAGAAAAUAUCCGACGCGUAUUCAAUGAUUGUCGUGAUAUCAUUCAGCGAAUGCACCUGCGGCAGUAUGAAUUACUCUAGGAACAUUUUUUGUAGGCCCCAAAUCGGAUUUUUGUUCUUCCAUGAUAUUUUUCAAGGUAUAAGGUUUUAACCCCCCAACGCUUGUGAAUACUGUCAUAUAAUUAAUUUAGUAUGAUUUAUGUCAUCCAGUUCAUCGGAUUUAGUUGAAUGUUUUACUUCCUUUAUAAACCUACCUAUUUCUGCAAACUGCAUUUGGAGAUCAAACACUGCAAAAUCAACUCACAUGUCGGAAAAUUUCGACGUCUUUAUAGUUAUCAAAUGGAAUCCAAACAAUACUACGAUUUCAAAAUAGUAGGUGUGUAAUACACACUAUCUCAGAUAUUCGUAUAUUUAUCUGAAUCUCUAAUUUAUCGAUAAAAUUUUAAUUUUUCAGUACUUUUAUUUUAACAUUGUCACUUACUGCUUUAUUCCUUUUGGUAUUUUCAAGUUUUGAAAGCAUACUAUUCUAUCGAAUUUACUGUUAAUUUUAAAUGGCAUCUAUUUAGAAGUCUAUACGCUCGUUAUUCCUUCCACGUCCAAUCGCCGAAAUACGCGGUUGUAACAUAUUUCUGUCGACAAAUAUGCCAAAUGUACCAAUGUCUCAUAAUGAAUAGACAAAUGAAAUACCCAGUUUCACAGGUUCGAUUGAGAGAUACAUUGUCACCCUGUAUACAAACAUACGAAUUUAUCAUAUAAUCUGAAUUGUAAACUUCUUUUCAGUAAAUAACUCGUUUUUUAACAGCAAAACAUGAUAUAGUCUUGCUAUACCGAAUAUUUUUCCCUCCAUGAUUUACCUAAUUUCAGUGUCUUGCACUUUUUUGAGUUUAUAUUACUUGUUUUCCGGUUGAUUUCAUCUAAAUGAACGCCUCAUGUUUUUGGAUUUUUAUUGUUAGCUGUAGAACGCACAACGCUGUUGUAUUCGAAACCCCGUUCACUAAUGAACUUCAUGCUCACAUUGUGAUAGCUUUCUCAGCUGAAGUGUGCGGGAUACUGCUUUUCAUUUUAGUCAAGUUGCGUGGUUAGAAAUUUCUUCACUCUUGCUCUCUGUACAGCCACUAUCACGUAACUGGCUAGAUUUACUCAUAAUAUUGAUUUAACUUUUCAGCUUAUUAGUGAUUAUGCUUAGAUGUUUCAACUUGUUACCGACGAUUUCAUUUUCUGUAAGAUCUUGUACCUUUUUCUAUCUUCCACAGCUGAAUUUUUCGUAGUUGAGUAAUAAAAACGUUAGUACAAAUUCAAAAUAAAUCUUCAAAGUACUCCCAUAAGAACUCUUGAUUUUUCCGAUCUCAUUCAAAUUUGGAUCUUUAUUAUUCUUAAAAUUAAUCUAAUCGUUUGCCGAUCUUGCACUUAAUGAGUUUCUAAUUGCCUAUUACUUGUUUAUGUAGCCGUAAUUAUAUAAUUUGGCUUAAAUUGACCUUUUUCGAUUACGUU